AAAUGCAGAUUAUAUGUGUUAACCUUUUUUUGUGAAAAGGACAAAAUUAUUUGAGUCACGAGUUCAUAAUGAUGGAAUUGAAUUUUGCCCAAUCCCCAUUGCAAUCUGAUAUGUUCUUACUGCAGACUGACGGCAUGCUGACUCCCAGGCUCUGAGACACUGUGUCCCUUCCUUAGAGAUGUCCCACCGGGGUGGUGAGCGAGACUUCCAGACUUCAGCCCGGCGUAUGGGCACCUCUCUGCUUUUCCAGCUUUCAGUACAUGAGCGGGAGCUGGACCUGGUGUUUUUGGAUCAUAGCUAUGCCAAGCCAUGGAGUGCUCAUCCAGAUGCCAGCAGUGCCCGCCCCACCCGCAUGCUCUUUGUCACUCCCAGGCGUCAUCAGGACAGUACCAUUGAGGCAGACAUCCCUAUUGAUGUGGAGACUGUCACAUCUACCCCAGUGCCACUCUAUGACAACCAGAAGGCACGAAGUGUGAUGAAUGAAUGUGAACGCCAUGUCAUCUUUGCCCGGACUGAUGCAGAUGCUCCACCCCCACCUGAGGACUGGGAGGAGCAUGUCAACAGGACUGGUUGGACAAUUGCCCAGAACAAGCUGUUCAACAAGAUUCUCAAAGCCUUGCAGUCUGACCGGCUGGCCCGGCUAGCCAAUGAAGGGGCUUGCAAUGAGCCAGUACUCCGGCGAAUUGCUGUGGAUAAAUGUGCAAGGAGAGUUCGGCAGGCACUGGCAAGUGUGAGUUGGGACAUUAAACUUGUCCAGUGGUUGCAUACAACGUUGGUGGAAACCCUGAGCCUGCCUAUGCUAGCAGCAUACCUUGAUGCACUGCAGACAUUGAAAGGGAAGAUACCAACCUUGAUUGACCGGAUGUUGAUGUCAUCUACCACAAAGACUGGGGCUGCAGGAGCUGAAGCCUUGUCUCUUCUGCUCAAAAGACCUUGGGACCCUGCUGUAGGAGUGCUUUCUCAUAACAAACCAAGCAAGCUCCCUGGAUCUCCACUGAUUCUCAUUGCCUCUUCUGGUCCCUCAAGUUCCAUGUUCCCUACCUCUAGAAGACACCGAUUUUGGCAGUCACAGCUAUCCUGUUUGGGCAAGGUUAUCCCAAUUGCUACUCAUCUCCUAAAUAAUGGGAGUGGAGUUGGAGUUCUGCAGUGUCUUGAGCACAUGAUUGGAGCUGUUCGAGGCAAAGUAUUAGAGAUUCACAACCAUUUCCCCCACAAACCCAUCAUUUUGAUUGGCUGGAAUACAGGAGCCUUAGUGGCUUGUCAUGUAUCCGUGAUGGAAUAUGUUACUGCAGUUGUCUGCCUUGGAUUUCCUCUGCUUACUGUGGAUGGUCCCAGAGGGGAUGUGGAUGACCCUCUUCUGGAUAUGAAGACUCCAGUCCUCUUUGUCAUUGGCCAGAACUCCUUACAAUGUCAUACUGAAGCCAUGGAGGACUUUCGAGAGAAGAUCCGUGCUGAUAACAGCAUGGUGGUAGUUGGGGGAGCUGAUGACAAUCUCAGGAUAAGCAAAGCAAAGAAGAAAUCUGAAGGCCUGACUCAGAGCAUGGUGGACAGAUGUGUCCAGGAUGAGAUUGCAGACUUCCUGACUGGUGUGCUCACUCGUGCUGAAGGUCAUAGUGGCUCAGAGCCCCGGGAUCAGGAUGCUGAGAAGAAGAAGAAGCCACGUGACUCAGCCCGCCGGGACUUAGCUUUUGAACUUCCUGAACGGGGAAGCAGGCCUACCUCUCCUGCUGCUAAGCUUCCUGCCUCACCUUCUGGUUCCGAGGAUCUGUCAAGUGUGUCUAGCAGCCCCACCUCUAGUCCCAAGACCAAAAUGGCAACAGUGACCUCUGUCCAGAAGUCUAGUCAAAUUGGUACUGCUCAGUUAUUGAAGAGACACGUACAGCGGACAGAAGCUGUCUUGACCCAUAAACAAGCUCAAGCGCAGUUUGCUGCUUUUCUGAAACAAAACAUGCUGGUGAGGAAAACUCUUCCUCCCGGCACCUCCUCCUGUCUCUUUGUUCCCAUCUCCUCAGACCAAACUGAGGAAGCUGAUAAAGAAGACCUUCGGGGCCAGCUGAAGCGUCAGCAUCCUCCUAGCCCCCCUCCAGGUAGCAAGGCUUCUAAGCGAGCUAAGAUCAAAGUGACCAUUGUCUCUCAUGGGGAUGGGGCUAGUGGACCAAGUCUCCCAUCCCAAGGAGGAACGACAGAGGGAGGAAAACCUAUUACUGUGACUCGGGGGCAAGCUGCUGUGGGUGCCAAGGAGCUAACAGGGCUGCUCACCACAGCCAAAUCAAGUGUGGCUUCUGAAACAGUGUCAGUGAGCCCAGCUUCUUCCUCCAUUAUUCCCAACAGUACUGCUCCUAGUGCCUUCCACACUUUGCAGAGCCGCUUGGUGGCUAGUGGUGGUCACUGCGUGGCAGCCUCCCCUGGCAGCACACUCCCAGGGUCCACAUCUGCCAGCAGCCUUCUUCAGGGUCUCAGCUUCAGCCUACAGGAUAUCAGUAGCAAAACUCCUACCCUCCCAGCUAGUGCUUCCCCAGGGCCAGCCACACAGGCCAGCAGUGUGAAGUUGCCAACUCCUAUGCAGGGCCUGGGUGCUAUCACCACAGGCACUGGCACUAUUGUUCGUACCAUUCCUGUGGCCACCACUCUCUCCUCGUUGGGUGCCACUCCUGGUGGGAAGCCUACAGCCAUUCACCAACUGCUGACCAAUGGGGGCCUCGCUAAGUUGGCCAGUAGCCUCCCUGGCCUGGCUCAGAUUUCUAAUCAAGCGGCAGGCUUGAAGGCCCCAACCACCAUUACAGUAACUCUGCGAGGUCAACCCAGUCGUGUCACUACAUUGAGCCCAAUGGGCACAGGAGCUGCCUCUCUAGAGGAGUCCACCUCUCAGGCUCUGCCUUCUACCCCACAGCGAUUGCCACCAGCUCCUUGAAGACGCCGGUGUAAUAUCUCUAACUCUCAUUGUCUGUGAUGGCUGCCUUCCAACAAGCCUGCAGGCACACAGAUUGCUUUGUGAUGUUGCCUGCCUUCUUGAAGACUUCCUUUGAGACUAUCAUCCUUGUUUGCCUGCUCAAUCAUCAAGGAUAGGCAUUUGAGUCUUUUAGAACCAGUGGGCUAGGUAACCUUACUGUUCAGCAAAUGCAGUACCAUCCUCUGGGAUCAGCAGGUUUUGGCUUCCAAGCCAUCCCCUUUCCCCCCUUUUCCCCUGUUCUCAGUCCCCCUUAAUGCAGCAGAUGGCUAUACCACUGGGUUUCACACAUUUCAUAGGUGUUAUUACCAGAUGGAAUUAGGGGCUCUGCUUUUCAGAGAGGAGAAAGCUUCUCCCCCCUUUUACCAAGAUCAAAACAAAUCAAAGGUGACAUCAGUAAGAAGUAGUGGCUUCUUUCAUGAGAUACCAGCUAAGCCAGUCAGAUGACAGCUGGGCUGGUAGUCAGACCUUCCCAUCAGCCAUGACUGGACAUGAGUGCAAAUGUUGCAUUUUUGAGGUUGUUUAAUAAAGCUGUUUCUCUUUGGAAGGGCUCUGUUGCCCUCUGUGGCAAGAUUGGGAGAUUGUGUAAGCAGAAAUUAGGGGAGAAAACCUGGUCUACUGACCCUACACAUGGUCAUGUGUCUUCACUACAGUUUUCUUUGUAGUAUCGUAGAGCAUAAGGUAAUAUGCCCAAUACAGCUCUCUGAUCUAGAAGUCAAACAAGGAUUCCUAGAGACUGAAAACUUAUUUUUCAAACCUGUCCUAAUGAAGGUGAGGAGGACAGCUGAAAUUUCUAGGCUUUUGAUUCACCCCGUCUGCCUCCCAAAUGAGCAGCAUCACUUGUGACAUGAGGAUAGUACCACACAGGGUCUAUGUCAUCUCACUGAGCAUUUAACACUUCCAGUUAGGUAGAAGGCUAGCAAGUGAGGAGGGACUGAAAAGAGGAGGAAAUAAAUAAUGGGACAGCCUGAGGGAGCAGUAGUAGGCAAAUUGACUAAAAUUAUUUUGUUCUUGGGCUUUGCAUCCUAUUCAACUUUUACUCAAGCAUUGGUGCUUGUGUAAGUUAUGGGGGACAGGAACAAUUAGGUCAAAUGAAUCAGAAUAGGAAUUGUGACCCAUAAUCAGCAGAGAAGAUAAGAGACCAAGAUAAUCUCUGCUACUUGAGUGCUGUGGAGUUUAGCCCAACAUGCUAAUUUUGGACACUUUAUGAAGUGUGUGGGGGUCAGGAAUGCCUCUUUCAGUUCCUGAGUGGCUACUUUUUUUUUUUUUCCCCCUCAUCUAGAAGUUGGAGGUAUUAGUCUUGGAGAUAGUUACGUAACCAAGUGAUGACUAUUGGGGCCAGUUCAGUAAGCAGAAAGGUCUCUGGGGAAUUUUCAUGUUGGAAAUUGAGACCAUAACCUGUCACUUUUUUCCUAAAUACUUGACACUGGAAGGAAACUGGGGUCUGAAAUGUUAUCUCUUCUUCCUUUACGACUUCCCUAAUAAAUUUCUGUUACGUCUUUGUGAUUUUAGUCGAAAUGACAGUGGUAGACUUGGGAGCCAUGAUCUAGCCUUUUGAUGCCACAACCAGGCAGCUGACCUAGUUAUUCAGUAGCUGCGGGAGAUGGCAGGAUUGAUAAGAUGGAGUUUACAUAAUCUACCCAGUGGCAACUGGUAUUUCUGGUGUAUGUGUGCCUGUCAGAUUAAGCAUGGUCAACUCCACUGAAGUGCAGUGCUCUGCUUUUUCUUUAGAAAGGAGCCUUCUAGAGCUGUUCUCAGUUGGCCCCUCAGUGGGCACAUGCAGGAGGGUCUGUUCUCACAGGCUAGUAGGUUUGGCUGACAUUUUGUUAACACUGUGGCUCACAGUGUUCUUCAGGUGUACAGGUGAUACUUUAAACUCCUGGAAGCACUGAAAUGCCAAACCAGCCUAAGACAAAUAGUAGGCACAUUUUCUGGGAGCAGGCAGAAAUCACAGAUGUCUGUGAUUCCAUGGGGGCAAGUAUAAGGCAGGAGAUUUGGGUGACAGUGAUCCAAACUAUUUAGGAUUAGUUUCCCAGCCAGCUAUUCCAUUCAUGACCUAGGAAAGAUCUGUAAGUUGUUGGAGACUGUUCUCUGACAUAAUUAGCUUAUUAGAGUACUGCUGGAGCCAAAAAGGUCAACCAAGUGAAGAGCACUGCCCUCCAUAGUAUUGAAAACAACCAAUACAUCAUUCAUCUCUGGGACAAAACGGAUUUGUCUGUGCAGAUAGUAUUUUCUCUUUCUUGUUUCCAUAGCUUGAGAAAGACAUGAGAGAACCAGAGAAGAAGAUUAUAGAUUUGACAUAAUAAAGAGGGUUCUCCAGGUGAGAGCCAGGUUAAAAAUAUGGCAGCUGGAAUCUAAACAUGAAUUUCUUCACUAGAGCUAUCAGAAGAGUAGACCCCUUUAAAGCUAGAAUGGAGGGAUUAAAAGCAAGUGUCCUUUAGCACAACACAGUAAGUUUAAGGAAUUUGUUACUGUCUAUGAGUGGUCCUCACGUAAUUGGGGAUCAGGAAUAGCUUAGGUAAAUGCAUGGAAGAUAGGUCUGUUGUGUCAUUAAAGAAAAUAUAUUCUUCGGAGGACCUCCCUCAACAUUGAGGGGGCAUCAUUGAGAAGAGCAUGUGCCCAGGCUGGGAAAUGGGGCUGACCUGAUGUGGCAGUUCUGAUGUUCUAUUAACAAUAAACUGUGGCGUGCUGCUAA